GUUCUGCAUGUUAAGUGUAUCUGGAUUUAUGGAGCCGCUGCCCAGGCUGUAUCUGCCCACCACUAUUGAUAACAUUCGACACUUCUCUACCCCUGUAUCAAUGGCAAACACAGGAACCCCCGAGAAGAGGCUACAGUCAAAAAGAGGAGGAGAUUCCUCGCCUUCUUCACCCGCUUCACAUGCUUCUAGAAUGUCAGGUUCUAGUCCCGUGAGCUUGACGAUGGUGACACCACCCUCCUUCAGUAGCAGUUCCUUCAGCGAGAUGGGAUGCUCUGAUAUUGGUCGGUGUCAGGAUGGCAGAGAGAUUAGAUUCAACUUUCUGUCCAACAAAGGAUUUCAGAUAAACCGCCCGAACGGUUUCGUUUUAGUGGGAGCAAGGUCGCCUCAGUUGGGAGCUACUACGCUCUUAGCAGUGGUGGACAGAUCCUAUCUUCCAGAUGAGGAAGGACGAGCGUCUCAGGGAUUUGUCGGGGAUUGCGUUGGAUGUGGAAGAAGAUUCCGGUUUUUCACAGAAUUCUCACACCACAUAAACCUGAAACUAGCGACCCAGCCCAAGAAACAGAAACAUUUGAAGUACUACAUCGAGACUACGAGUAAUGGAGAGCUCAUACGCGGAAAACCUUUAGGCUGGAAAGGUAGUUCUUAUAGAACUGUGAAACGAGACAUGCUGCCGGAGACUCGGAGACGAUCACGAGCAAGCAGUUUCCUGGACAUCCUCCCCGGCUCCCCCAGCGUCUUCGGACCACAUCUCAGCGUACCUUGUCUUCAGAUCUCCCUUCCGACGCAGCUCCCUCAAAGCACAGUUUACUCCUCCUUUGGACUUCCACCGCCGUCAAAGAAAAUCUGCUGGGAAGGAUUGGACCCAGGGGAAAUAUCUACACCGUCAAUCCUACCGGAUCCAAUCAAACACAACACACCUACUGACAUAGCACUCCCUAUCAUCAUGGUCUGUCAGAAGGAUAUCCCCGUCCUCUCGAACACUAGCAAGAUGUUACCCGUCUGCUUGUUGUUGCAAGGCACUUUCGUCUACGAUGGAGGUCUAGAACGAACGAGUGUGUACAACAUGCAAUCCCCCCAUCUCCCGACCCUCCUAGCUAUCCACUACUUCGCUUCUCUCCUCCCGGACACCCCAAUAAGAAGAGAGGAUGCUGAUGCCUUCAUAGACUCCGCCACACGGGAGCUGAACUCUAACGUUACAGCUGAUCUGGCGCUGAGAGGUGACACCUACUCUCAGUCUCAAAUAGCUAGCUUGGCUAGGCUUGUCAGCUCCUGUUCCAACGGCAAGUUAGAUGUUACCUUCUGUAGCAACCUGACUGACGGGAUUGACAUGGCUUAUAACAACAUCAAGAGUAAGAAACAGACGGAUGAGAGCAGAAUACCCGUCUUCACCUUCGUUAUUCAGAACGAGAAGUUCUGGCAGCCGGAGUUUGUAGUGAUAGUGAGUGGUCCAGGACACCUGUGUUCUCUGGUCUGGUCUGUUGGUGACGAACUGGCCGAGGAUGAUGACCUAUCAGAUGAGGAAGAAGAGAUAGAGGAGGAGAUAGAUGUGGUCCAGGAAAGCAGGAAGGACAUUAAAGCCACGUGCUCUUCCCCGCUGAGCGUGUCCUUUGGAAACGCUGACGAGCUCCUACUCAUGUUAAAACAGUUCCGAUCAGGCUUAGGGGGGAAGUUCCAGUCACCGUUCAAGAGCGCCCACCAAGUCAUGAAGAAAGAAGCGAUCGUAAACCUGAAGCCUGAGCUGUCCGUUAUUGUGGACACUAUUGUGUUAUGUUCCUUGAGGAACGUGACAGCAGAACAAAUCCAAGUUGGAGAACAGCUCUUUUCUACUUUCCGAGCGAUCGGAAACAAAUCAUCCAAUCUUGACCUCUCUCAAUUUACUAAGAUAAAUGUAGGGUUUAUAACAGCUCCCUUCUACUCGAGUUACGUUCAGACAGUGGAACGAGUUCUGCAUUCGGAACUCCUUCAAGCACUCUCAAUAGAGGAUGCACCAGACUUCGCCACAGUCGAGCAGUAUGUGUUCAAAGGUGAUAGUGACCAGAGUGAUAAGUUUGAGAAGUUUCUAGAAAAGGCUGAACAAACCAAGAACACACUUUGUAUACUGGUCCACGAUGAUGCUCACAUUCAAACCAACGAUGGUACAGGACAGGAAUGGGUGAAUAACAAGAGAGUUUUACUAGCUACUAACAUCAUAGUGGUCCAAGUAACAGCUACACCCUACUGUCUCCAGUCCAUUGCUAGCAUGGUCUCCAUGGACCUGCCUCUAAAGAACGAGGUCUACUGGUCCAGUAUUCCCGAACAGUACUGUGGUCUUGAGUUCUAUAAGAACGGCCGAGACGAUGUCGCACAGUCUCCUUUGAUUAGAGCAGACGCUACAUUUGAUAGGAUGGUGGUCAAGAAAAUGAUCAGUGAUCAGCAGUCAAAACCAGUAAGUUGCCGGGUAAACAUCCUGACCCGGCACUAUUCAGCAGCCAUGGUUUGCGUGUGCAGUGUAAACUUCGCAGAGAGCUUCACAACUACCGAAACCAUGCAGGUAGUGCACGAGCUGAUAGAGACCCCACUCAAGAACCCUUCUGGGCACGGAGUAAUGGUGGUUCUCAGAAUAGCCAGUGAAAAGCUCGGCCGUCUGGCCCACGAGAGGAUAUCACUGGUGCGAGACAGCCUGGGUCUGACCUACAGGUUUGCAGUUAUCCUAGACACUGGCAGGAAUUUCUACGACAUUGACGACUACUUCCUCUGGAGGCUAAGGCAUUGCCAGGAGGGACGGAGUGAUGAGUGGAGGCCUUGCAGACCUGAACACCUUGCCAAUCUUCCUUGUCUGGUCAUCAGAACUGGGGCUAUCAGAUCUGGAGAUACCUUCCCUUGCUCGAUGCGGUACUAUGACAUGAGGGCCUUCUACACCGUCACUCAGAGCAGAACUAUUCUGGAACAGGAGAUUGGUAACCUGUACGGCUACAGUGCACCCAUGGAGGCCCUUUUCAUCAGACCUAGAUGUCUUGUUCCGUCCCAGGUCUUACCGUUUUUCGAAGACAGCGACUUACCAGGUCGGAGUUUGAUAAUGAUUCCACACCUGAACUGCAAGUGGUUACAAAGACAGAGACCCCUCCUGAAACCAUCCUCUUCCUCUCCUGAACAGUCUCGUUACUACAGAGAGUUCCUGGUCUCCCUGUCCGACAUGGAGGCACUGGACACAACCGGAGCCACCAGGACUCACCCCCGCCGUAUGCUGCUCAGUGGACCCAAGCAGAUCGGCAAAACCGGAGCUGUGUUCCAGUUCCUUGGACUAGUCCAGCAGUUUCUCAAGCAGCAACAGGAAGUCCAGGUGUUAUCAGUCCGGGACCCACGUGACUCGGAGGAAGAGCCUGCAUCAGAGUUCCGAACUUGGCCUACCUACACCACCAUCAAGUCUCAGUCCAUGACGACGGAGCAGAAGGAUUUCAGCGGAGUGACGCGGGGAGACGUGGUUAACGUGCAGUUCACCCAACUAACAGCGCACAGCUCCUACCACUUCUGCGACACCUGCAACACUUAUCGCAUGGGCUCCGGACAGCGGAACGCUUUUAUCUACAAGCUGCACGGGGAAGAGAUAAUGUUCUUCAUCCCUGACGAUCACCUGAACAAGUUCUUCAUAUCAGUGGACUCUCAGGGUUAUCUGCAGUCGCUGGUGAUAUCGGAUGUGGCAGACGAUGGUACAAUCAACUCCCCUAUAUUUACACCUAGUCGAGGCAGACAUGAUAUAGCGCUGUUAAACCUACAUCAUACGCUGGAAGGAGUAUCACAUACACACAUAGUUGUUGUAACGAAAACAGACAUGGACCUUUACAUCACCAAGUGGACCAAUCAUAUCAUCAUGGUUCUCCCAGAGUCUGCAGAGAGCCAAGGAUUCGGUGUAUACAGGUACUGGAUCAAAAAGUUCGCGGAACAGAAUUACCGGUAUGAACAGAGCCGAAAGUCUGAGCGACCCAUGUGGCCGUUCGUGGCGGUGAUGGAGGACAACUGUGCUACGUGGACCAUGACCAAAUGUGCGACUGAUAAUCAGAAAAUAAGAUCAGUAAAAGGCGUCUCGUUGUACAAAGUGCUGUGCCACAUAGAGAAGACGCCCGAGGUUGCAAAAUACGCCGCCCUCUACGCCUCCCACUGGGGCAUGAACAUGAAACACCCGCACUGCUUCGAUAGGGGGUAUACCAACUCGUUACAGCUCAUCAACGUUGACCUGACGAAAGGGAUGGACUUUAACAGGGACAGAUACAUGAACGAUGGGUUCGAGUUUUACAAGCUCGCCAACUUCAGCGGCCUUACUACCUGCCGAUUUAAUAUCUUUCAAGUUCAGUUACGUUACCUAAAAUCAGGAGGUGAGAACUUCAUCCUCCCUGAAAAGGUGUUACCACUAUCAGUAUACAACCCGGCAGACGACACAAUAGGGGUCACAAAGCUGAUAACCAUGCCAGAUAAAGCGGAGACGUUCGUGCUUCCCGUCCCAUCACACUAUCUAUUAGAGUGUUUCCUGUUCCAGGGAGCUGCAGAGAUCCUGUUCAAGACGACGGAUCCAGGUCUGCCCAUUCUACAGAUAGAUUGUUAUUUUAGUCUGGGGAGCAAAGUCUCCACCGUAUCAACUCUAUCACAGAACAUCCCGAAGUUAGAGUCAGAGACUAAGUUUGGCGGAUUACUACUAUAUUUCUCAGCACAGAGGCUAAACCCUCAGCAGCUAAAGGGGCUUAACUUUGUGAAGGGCGCUAAAUUAUGUGUAAUCGCAAGAGAUCGAGAAGAAUUAAGGGAGGAAAUCCUACGGCUCGAUCUCGAGGAGAACUGGAGAUUCCGGUUCAGAGACGAGUUUAAAACCAGUUCGAAAGACAAACCUAUUUACUUUUUAACAGGAACACACGUGUAAUAGUUAUCAUUAUAAUACCCUAGAUUUUAUCAUAUUAUUGUGUUUGUAAUGUACGAAUCCAAGAUGACUGAGCUUUGAAACAAUCAUUUCUAAAAACAGAUUUUGUUAUUUUCCGAUCGAAUUCACCCCGUUUCACUUGAUCAAACGACACUCUAACUCAUAAUGUCAUUCCAUCAAAGCUCAGAAGUCAGGGAUCUUUUGCUCCAGAUAUAUUAUCUAAUAAGUGUUACGUGUUCUAAGCAUAAGAUAUGUAUCUAAUUUUAAAUUUACCCCGGUCUUUACCAAAAGUGCCGAAUAUUUGUGUGUUACCGUGACGUAAUAAUGACGUCACCUCUUCAAUGUGGUAUUAUCCCGGCGUAUUCCGGGAAAUUUAGCCAACUUAUUUUUAUUUUUGUAAUUAUUAAAUUUAUUUCUGUUUUAUUUUCAACUUCUAAUAGAUAUUGAUUUAUAACAGCGUUUAAACCAGUUUCAAA